AUGGCUCCUGCGGCAGGCGGCGCCGAGCGCGGCGCGGGGCGAAGGCACACCGGCCGCCAGUGACCGCGAUGGUCCACUCGAGCCGCGUGCAGCCGCAGCAGCUCGGGGACGCGAAGCAGCCGCCCGCGCCCCGAGCGGCGGGCCCGAGCCGGCUGAUGGCGGGCGGCCUCCGCGAGCAGACGGGCCUGGAGAUCGAGAUGGAGCGCAUCAGGCAGGCGGCCGCUCGGGACCCCCCGGCCGGAGCCUCGGCCUCCCCGUCUCCUCCGCACUCGUCGUGCUCGCGGCAGGCCUGGAGCCGCGACAACCCAGGCUUCGAGGCCGAGGAGGAAGAGGAGGACGAGGAGGUGGAAGGGGAAGAAGGGGGAAUGGUGGUGGAGAUGGACGUGGAGUGGCGCCCGGGCAGCCGGAGAUCGGCCGCCUCCUCAGCAGUGAGCUCCGCGGGCGCGCGGGGCCGGGGGCUGGGGGGCUACCACGGCGCCGGUCAUCCAAGCGGGAGGCGGCGCCGGCGAGAGGACCAGGGCCCGCCGAGCCCCAGCCCUGCGGGCGGCGGGGACCCGCUGCAUCGCCACCUCCCUCUGGACGGGCAGCCGCCGCGAGUGGCCUGGGCCGAGAGGCUGGUUCGCGGGCUGCGAGGUCUCUGGGGAACAAGACUCAUGGAGGAAAGCAACACUAACCGAGAGAAAUACCUUAAAAGUGUCUUACGGGAACUGGCCACAUACCUCCUUUUUCUCAUAGUCUUGUGCAUCUUGACCUAUGGGAUGAUGAGCUCCAGUGUGUACUGCUACACUCGCAUAAUGUCACAACUCUUCCUAGACACCCCGGUGUCCAAAACGGAGAAAACUAACUUUAAAACUCUUUCUUCAAUGGAAGACUUCUGGAAGUUCACAGAAGGCGCCUUAUUGGAUGGGCUGUACUGGAAGACACAGCCCAACAACAGAACUGAGACUGACAACCGAAGCUUCAUCUACUAUGAGAACCUCCUGUUAGGAGUACCACGGAUACGGCAACUCAAAGUCAGAAAUGGAUCCUGUUCCAUCCCCCAGGACUUACGAGAUGAGAUUAAAGAGUGCUAUGAUGUCUACUCUGUCAGUAGUGAAGACAGAGCUCCAUUUGGUCCGAGAAAUGGAACCGCUUGGAUCUACACAAGCGAGAAGGACUUGAAUGGAAGUAGUCACUGGGGAAUGAUUGCCACUUAUAGCGGAGCUGGCUAUUACCUGGAUUUGUCAAGAAGAAGAGAGGAAACGGCCUCUCAGAUUGCUAGCCUCAAGAAGAAUGUCUGGCUGGACCGAGGAACCAGGGCCAUUUUUAUUGACUUCUCAGUGUACAACGCCAACAUUAACCUUUUCUGUGUGAUCAGGUUAUUGGUUGAAUUCCCAGCAACAGGCGGUGUGAUUCCAUCUUGGCAAUUUCAGCCUGUAAAGCUGAUCCGAUAUGUCACAACUUUUGAUUUCUUCCUGGCUGCCUGUGAGAUUAUCUUUUGUUUCUUUAUCCUUUACUAUGUGGUGGAAGAGAUACUGGAAAUUCGCAUUCACAAGCUACACUAUUUCAGGAGUUUCUGGAAUUGUCUGGAUGUUGUGAUCAUUGUGCUAUCAGUGGUAGCUAUAGGAAUUAACAUACACAGAACAUCAAAUGUGGAUGUGCUACUACAUUUCCUGGAAGAUCAAAAUACUUUCCCCAACUUUGAGCAUCUGGCAUAUUGGCAAAUACAGUUCAACAAUAUAGCUGCUGUCAUAGUAUUUUUUGUCUGGAUUAAGCUCUUCAAAUUCAUCAAUUUUAACAGGACCAUGAGUCAGCUCUCCACAACCAUGUCGCGGUGUGCCAAAGAUCUGUUUGGCUUUGCAAUUAUGUUCUUCAUUAUUUUCUUGGCAUAUGCUCAAUUGGCAUACCUUGUCUUUGGCACUCAGGUUGAUGAUUUUAGUACUUUCCAAGAGUGUAUCUUCACUCAAUUCCGUAUCAUUUUGGGUGAUAUCAACUUCGCAGAGAUUGAGGAAGCUAAUCGAGUUUUGGGACCAAUUUAUUUCACUACGUUUGUGUUCUUUAUGUUCUUCAUUCUUUUGAAUAUGUUUUUGGCCAUCAUCAAUGAUACUUACUCUGAAGUUAAAUCUGACUUGGCCCAGCAGAAAGCUGAAAUGGAACUCUCAGAUCUUAUCAGAAAGGGCUACCAUAAAGCUUUGGUCAAGCUAAAACUAAAAAAAAAUACUGUGGAUGACAUUUCUGAGAGUCUGCGGCAAGGGGGAGGCAAGUUAAACUUUGAUGAACUUCGCCAAGAUCUCAAAGGGAAGGGCCAUACUGAUGCAGAAAUUGAGGCAAUAUUCACAAAGUAUGACCAAGAUGGAGACCAAGAACUGACUGAACAUGAACAUCAGCAGAUGAGAGAUGACUUGGAAAAAGAGAGGGAGGACCUGGACUUGGAUCACAGCUCUUUACCUCGUCCCAUGAGCAGCCGAAGUUUCCCACGAAGCCUGGAUGACUCUGAGGAAGAGGAUGAUGAAGACAGUGGGCAUAGCUCCAGAAGGAGGGGAAGCAUCUCCAGUGGAGUUUCUUAUGAAGAGUUUCAAGUCCUCGUGAGAAGAGUGGACCGAAUGGAGCACUCCAUCGGCAGCAUUGUGUCCAAGAUAGAUGCUGUCAUAGUGAAGCUGGAGAUCAUGGAGCGGGCCAAACUGAAGAGAAGGGAGGUGCUGGGAAGGCUGCUGGACGGGGUAGCCGAGGAUGAAAGGCUAGGUCAUGACAGUGAAAUCCACCGGGAACAGAUGGAACGGCUAGUGCGGGAAGAGUUGGAGCGCUGGGAAUGCGAUGAUGCAGCUUCCCAAAUAAGUCAUGGUUUAGGCACACCCGUGGGACUAAAUGGUCAGCCUCGCCCCAGAAGCUCCCGCCCUUCUUCCUCUCAAUCCACGGAAGGAAUAGAAGGCGGAGGUGGAACCGGCAGUUCCAAUAUCCACGUGUAGGAUGUUUGCUAGUAUAAUAAAUGUGUUCCUAAUAGAUGAGAAGGCGGCUGUCCUGAGUUUCCAUAGCAAGGACACGACAGUAAGUCCUCACUUAACAUUGCUGAUAGGUUCUUGGAACUGUGGUGAACCGCGUAUAACGAAACCAAUGUUACCAUAGGCUAAUUGACAUAAGUAAGAGUUUAGUUCCUACAGCAUCAAAGCUAUCACUAAACGAUGUUAUUCCAAGCCCUGCUUAUUUAUAUGCCCUCACCACCAUAUAAUGCUGGUCUUUGUGACUAAUUGUUAAUUCUUCUGCACUUUAAUUUAUUUUAGAUAAAUUUUUCCCAUGGAUCAAAGAAGAUUUUUUACUUUUUCUCAUACAAGAAAUUAGUUGUAAAUAUUGAGUACAGAAGCAAAAUCUUUGUAAAGUAUUCAGAGUGGUAUACCCACUUGCUACCAUGACUGAGUCUUCUCAGUUUACAAUGAAGUUGCCUUUUAAAGCUAGAAGAGAACUGUCAAAAGGCUUCUGAGUUUUAUUUUCAAUCACAAAAAUCAGUAUUGUCAUUUUUGCCCAGUGUGUGAAGGGAAAGUAGGGGCAUUCCUUCCCACUCAGGCUGAGGUCAUGGGCUUACUACAUAGCUUUCUUUUUUAAAAGGAGCCUUUUAUUUCAACUACCUUCCUGGGGUAAACUUUUCUAAAAGAUGAGCUAGAAAAGAACUCCAAACAGUAGAAUGGGUACGUAGUCAUUAUGCUAAAUUUCGUAUGAAUGGUUAAGGUAAAUGUUGAAUACCAUGCUUUUUUGUUAUUUUAUCGUAUCUAACAUCUGUUGGAAUAACUGUUUCACUUAAUUUUUACACUAUUUUUGCUCUCAUUUGAAAUGAGCUGCAUGAAAUCACCAAAGACCAGUUAUGGGUUAAAAUGUUCUAUCUAAUCAUAACAGGAGAAUUGGAAGGAGCCGUAUCACUAAGUUGGAAUUUUUCUCAUAAUUGGUUUAGUAUAAAGAUUUAUUCAUAUAUUCUCUUUCCCAUAUGACUCAACUUAUUUGCAAGUAACUGUAAUGUUGUAACUAAUCUAGGAUGGACAACUUAACUAAAACUUUUUAGUAUGCACUGAAAGUUUUCGCUCAGCAAAUUUGUUCAUUUUAAAUAAAAUGUUAAAUGUGUUCCAAAUUCAUAUAAAAAUAUUGUAAAACUAAAAUUUGAGUUUUGUACUGUUUAAAGAAUACACAUCUCAAAUACUCUUAGUUCUGCAUUUCAAAACUAGAAUUUCUAUUCUAAAUGAGCUCAAUUUAAUGAAAAGGAGUUUUUGAUAUUGAAAGUUCAUCCAUUAUCAGAAACUACCGUGUUUCCCCAAAAAUAAGACCUAACCGGAAAAUAAGCUCUAGCGUGAUUUUUCAGGAUGACAUACCCUGAACAUAAGCUCUAAUAAGUUUUUUGGAGCAAACCUUAAUAUAAGACCCGGUCUUAUUUGGGGGGAAACACAGUAUCAGCCAAAUUUUGAGUUUGUAGCAAUUUUUGUUGUUGUUGUCAUUAGGAGAGGGUCUCAGCAAAUUUAUGGGGAAAAAAUCCGUUUCUCAGUAAAAAAUAAAAGUCUUAUUUUUCGAAAGUUUUGAAUAAGAUGACCUGAGAGCUAAUGGGACAAGCAAGAGAGCUUGCAGUGCUGGUGAAUAACUCAUUUGGAAAACAAUAGAAGAGGAGCCUGUUUUUAAAUGCUAUGUUUUAAUGCACAUGUGCUUCAUUUAAUUGGUAGAACAUGUCAAUCAAUUCUUCAAUGAAAACAUGAGCAAACAAACCUUUCUAAGUUGGCUUCUACAGAAAUGAUAAACACUGGGUUUCUUUAACAGUUAUUUCCCAUGGCUUCAUCUCCAUCUUUAUUUGCAGUAUGCUGCAAAAGUCCUUUAUUACUAGGUACUAACAUUUGCAUUCCAGGGAUAGUGAGUGUAUGUAUUUAUGUAUGUGUACCAUGUUGUUACAUGUAAACAAACUUCAAUUUGAAGUGCAGCCAUUAUGUGGUAUCCAUGUGUGUUGACCACGUGCCAUAUAUCAAUUAUGGUCACUAGAAAGUCUUUUAUGAUACUUAUUGUUAUACUUUUUUUUAUUUCACCUGUAAAAUUUUGCAAAAUUCUUUCUUUUUACCCAUAAGUUGCCUAUUUUUGUUUUCGUUAGUCAUGGAAAAUUCCCUCCUUAUCCUUCCCCUGUCAUCUUCCCCUCUAUAUUAAUAUUAUUAAGAUGUUACAUAUGCAGGUUUCUCUCAACAAUUGAGAAUUUCAUUAAUGUGUAAUACUGAGCACUUUACUUCUUAAUAAAGACUUGACAUAAAAGUG